AUGCCUGGUGAGGGUGGAACUGUAUCGGCAGAAGACUUCCGAGUUGUCUUCAACGAUCAAGUGGAGAAGCAAAAGCUCAAUGUAUUCUUGGAAGAAGUGAAUGUUACUGCUGACAGCGUACUUGAGGGACAUGAGGUGCAAUGUGGAACUGGACCUCAGAAGUUCACCACAGAGGUAUUCUCUGAUCUUGGAGUUAAUCUCACUGUUCUCACAACAGAUGAAGUGCUGGCUGUGGAGGAGACCUUUUGGAAGACCUAUGCAAACUUGGCCUAUCAAUUAUGUGAUGGAAAUUUCCGCACAAUUGAAGAGGUACAACUUAAUGUUGGGUCAUCCAAAGACUUAUUCCCAGGUGUUGGCCCCAUGACACGCCAGCUUCAGGAGAGCAGCAAUUCAUUCAGGAACAACACUACAAACAGCAGCAUUCAUUCAAACUCAACCAUUGCAAGCUAUGAAUCUGCUGUCAAUGGUACCACUGAUGUUCUCACUGCCUUAAAUGCUAGCCAGACUGCAACCAAUCAAUCCGAAGCGGCUCUGCCUAGUCCCAACACAUUUGCCCUGUUCAUGAUCAGAGGGAGGUGUAGAAACUGUCCAAUUGAGAUCAAUGGUGUAUUCAACUUGUUUAACAGCACCAGUGGCCAGCAAAGCCAACGACGAGCAUCAUCAGUCAGCUGGACUCAAUCAUGGUGGAGGAGGAACAUGGCAGAAGACGUAAAUACAUGUGUUUGCCCUCAUGGUUUGGAACCUGGGGUGGAGCCGGCUGUUAGUGUCCAAGAGUUCUUAGAAGAAUUCUUGGGAAGGAUUAAUGAAGCAAAGAAUGAUGGUGCCACCAUUUCAGUGGAAGACAUCAUUACUAUUAUUGAAGUUUCUUCCUGGAAUGGCAGGACAACCUCCUUGACUCUGCCCCCAACACCUUUGCCUACCGAACAACCCACUACAACAGUGAUAUCAUUGCCCGAGUCUGAUAACCCAGGAAGUCAAGCUCAAGAAAUUUCCUACCCUAUUAGUACUGCUACUCCACAGGCAUGUGAGUCUCAGAUAGUACUCUUACAGGAAGAAACUGAAUGGACUCUAAGCACUAAUGACGGGAGAGUGAGCAGGGUUGCAACUACUCUUAACAACCCCAGCCAACAUUCGGCUACUGUGACCUAUGUGGAAGUUAGCCUCAAUCUUUAUGAGAUUGAUGCAUGGGCUGUGGGGGACAGGUUCUUUGUGGACAUUAUGGGUUCAAUGAAGUAUUUUGAAGAUUUGCAGCCGGCCAACAGCACUGGAUCGCUGAGUAUAGUUGAUGGAACUGCCAUUUCCUGGGCAUCGGAAUCAGCUAGCUUGGGAAUUAGAGGAGAAAGACAAAGGGUACAGUUUAUUGUCCCACCAACGCUCUUCUCUUCAGGGACACUUUCUCUUGAGUUUGGAAUGGUGUCCAGCACAACAUCAAGUGCAAGCACUGGAGUGGAUGGUCUGGUCAUCUCAGCCUUCUAUGAUUGUUCUGCCACAGACCCUAUGGCCGACAAUUUGGAGAGAGACAUCACAUCAGUCCCACGAACAGCAGAGCCUUCCGCGAUUCCUUUGACAACAAGUCCCACGAAUGUUCCCACUCCUCAACCAACCUUUGGACCAUCAAUGUCACCUUCGACCAAGAAUCCUACUCUUGACCCUACUGUGAUUCCAACAAAGUUACCCACACUGCUUCCAACUAAGAAUCCUACCUUAUCCGCAACACCUGAACCCACAGAAGAGCCUACUUUAGAACCCAGUCCUGAACCAACAUUGAAGCCAACUUCUCAACCCACUCCACAGCCAACCUCAAUGCCAUCCCUUCCACCUUCAUUAAGCCCUUCAAGUGAACCUUCUUCUUCCAAUCCCUCCCCAAUACCAUCGGUGACUCCAUCAACCAGUCUGUCAGGCAUAGCUUGUAGCCUACAGUUUGCAACAGUGGAGGCAAUCUAUUACGUGAUCUUUGCACAGGAUGCAGUAGGAGCCUCAGAUCUUGACAUGGAAGACUCCUUCACAUAUGCUGAUGCCGCUCUGGAAAAGGAGGCAUGCGACCCUGUUGUUGUAGAUGCCGCUGUCCAAGGACGCAUGAACCAGAGGCGGUUGCAAGAUCAAUGCUGCAAAAACUAA